GCCCGUAGAGCCGAGGGCCCCAGUUGACUAGGCUCCUGCUCAAAGCUAGAGUUAUUUUCUCUAGACUGGCUGUGGAGCCCUGGGCUCCUCCUGGGAACAAGCUGCCUAGAGGGGCAGAAGGGGCCGAGUCGGCCGCACGGGCUUCUGGGGCUUGUGGUCUCCGGAACUGGCUCCCGCCUCACUUCCCCGAGGAGUGGAAGGCCCUGGGCGGGCCAGCGUUUCCGGGCUAGCUCUGGUGACCACCUGCGGGGCAGCACGUGCAACCCCGCCCCUGGGGAUGGCGCAGAGCGCCUGCACCAGGGCGCCUGUGCCCGCUUGAGGGCGCCUUCCCCCGCUACAGGAACCCAGAAGGUAGGUGGGGCGGGUCCUGCACAGCUUUCCAAGGCGCCCUCCCACCGCGCGAGGCCUGGCUUUCUGCGCCUGUGGACCACUUGUCCCUUCCACGUGCCCUGGAUUUGGACGUGAGCUCGCAAUAUUCGCAGGGACAAAAGCCAGGAUGGAUGUUCAAAAAUGGUAUUUGAGAACUUCAAAGCUGGCUCUGGCCUUGGCAAUUAUCCGCUCAAAACCAGCAGACAAAAGCAGCAGAGAAUACACAGAGCACCUUGCUAUGUUGCUGUCUGAGGAGGAGUCAAAAUGGAGAUCAAAAGUUGAAGUCUUGGAAGCUGAAGUUAUGCAAUUACGUCAAAAACUUCUUGUGGGCAGGCUUUGUUCAGGAUCCUUAAAGAGUGGAAACCUGUCUUCCCAGUUGGAGGCUCAGGAACCUAAGAGUUCUGAAAGUACAUUAACUUCAAUGGAAGAUUCUGGAUGUGAUUUGUCAAAUGAGCAGAGAACUGAAUCCUCAGACCUGCCCCAGCACUUUGUAGAAAGCUGUACCCCCACUCACUUUCCACCACUGCCUCUUGUGAAAAGACCUUGUGCUAUCCUGCAAAAUCCUUUGUCUUCUCACAUGCAAUUCUUGCAAUAUCUUCUUGAAUUAAAGAACUUGACAGAAUCAAGUAAUCUUAAAAGAGACUUAACCCACUUUGAAAAAGACUCUUCCACAGUCUCUGAUUCUGUUUUUCAGUUGCUGGAUGGCCUGAUUACUUUUUACCGUAAUCCCAAACUUCCUUUUUCAAGAUUUUGGACAGAAGCUGUUGGUACUUUAGCUAGUCUGAUCAGUGACUGUAACUUAUCUAGUCAUAUUCUUAAAAAGUGUUCCAAGAAGUUGGAAGAAUUUGAGAAAACUCUACUACAUGCUAUUUUAGGAAACAAUCAUAUAAAUCGGUUUCAGGUGCAGCGUUAUGUCUCUCAGAGUCUGGUAACCCUGGGAAGCUGCAGCUUGUUGAGAAAAUCUAUUAUAUCUCUGCUUCUAUCAGAAGUAAAUGGCUUUGCCGAUGAUCUGGGAGCCAUCAAUCAGGAGCAAGCGAGUUAUGAUGUGUCACGCUAUGAAAACAUUUUCUACCUGUUCUGGGUUCUGGAGCAGCUUCUUCAAAAGGAAACCAAAGAAGGCAACACUUCAAGUAUAGGUCAUGAUGACCAAGAAAUCAAGAAAUUUCUUCAGAAGCAUGAUGAAACUAUUUUCCAACUUUCUGAUGCAUUUCCUUUGUUUACUAUAUAUUUAUGGAGAGUGGGCAUUCUUUUGAACUCAGCACAGAUAGAAUCUCUUAAAAAUAACUCCAUUCCUUAGCAGUUUACCACGUUUGAAGCAUAAUAAAGUGGAAUAUAUGAAAAUCUCA